UACAAGUCAUGAUUAAGAUGAGCCUCUCUUCGACAACAUCAACGACAUCACUCCAAAAACAGUGUCCGGACACCUCUUGCAUAUCAUCUGGAGAGCCACUGGAAAUGGAAAGCAUGCAAGAGUUGAUACUCUUCGCCAAAGAGAUGCUCAGUCAGAAACCCAGUCGGCGUCUGCUCAAGGUCUACUUAAUGGGCUCUGUGUUUGCAGUACUGGGGACUUUCGUCGGACUGGUUGAGAUGGUGUCUCACCCGUUCUCUUCAGGAGAGCCAAUGGACGCAGAGAUGCUCCUUCUGAUGUCUCAGGAGCAGAGGACUGUUGCCACCGUGACACAAUGCAAUGUCAAGGUGUCGGUGAAAAAGGAGGACCAGGAGCAGGACACAAUCAAGAUGAUGACUGACAUGACUUUCUCCAAGGUCCAAGGUCAAAGAAGCUUGUCCCAUCGGCUCCAUGCUUCGGGAAGCUGACUUCUUGAUCAGAGACUGCUCCUGGAACAACACUGCUGUGCAAUACAUGAAUGAAAAGACUAUAUGAGCUUCAAGUGCUGUUUUCACACUUGAAUCAUAGCUCACUGAACAGUGUUCAUUUAUGUACUUGUACAUUCUAAAUUACAUGUUUUCAUCCCUUGCACAAGCACUUUUCAUGUUAAGAUUGUUUUGGUUAUUAUAAGCCCAGAAUAAAUGGAUUGUUUUAUUUGAGAACGGUUAACAGCAGUUGUCAGCUCUGAGCAGACAUAUAGCGCCUCCUAGUGGGAGAAUGAAACCGUCUG